AUGAGCCGCCACUGGAGUGAUGUCCACAAUGCCAAUGGACCGAAUGAUUUUGCUUCUCACGCGCGUUCGGUCAAUCUACAGACGUUCUUUCGCGGCACAAAACUCAAGUAUUUCGAGGUCUCUGUAGAAGACACAGUCCUGGAGCCACAGGGUUUCGAUGAAGGGGGUGGACAUGAUAGAGAGGACUCUAGUAUGGAUGAUUUGCCGCCGUUAUCACAGCUGAUAUCACCUUCUGAGUCUUCUCCCGUCGUGGAUCUUGAAACAUUGGCCUAUUUCCAUCAUUUCAUUAUUACAGCUUGUCUAACGCUUCCUAAAAUGGAGGAUUAUUUACCAGCGUCACAAUACUGGGGCGUUUACGUUGUUUCGUUGGCUCUACAACAACGGUGGCUAAUGUGCGGGCUACUGGCCAUUUCUGCGUACCAUUCAACCACGCUCGAGGACGAAACAACAGCACGGCAAAAACACUAUGAGCGGGCAACAAAGCUCCGUUCCGAAUUCUUCGUUGGAUUCAACGAGAUAAUAAACAAUACUCCCAGCACUGAGGCUACCGAGACUUUCCAGAAAACGAAAAAGGCAGCAAUUCAAGUCAGGGGCAUUGUGAGCUGUGCGCGGUGGACCGUGACAGGGUUUACUGCAAAUCAAGAGAUCGUUCUGGGCCCUGCCACGGCCCUGUCCAAGCUAGAGUCUUUACUAUGCGAUAUCCGAUACUUUGCGUCCUCUGAACCGGGUAAUUUUCUAGAAACCGAGAAGGGUAAUCGCGGUGAUAUUCAAACAUCUCCGAGGUCAGACACCUCCACAGAAUCUACCGCGUUACUCAACCGUCUUCAGAUGCUCCCUUAUCGCAUGGCCGAGAUAUUCGGGAAACCAGAUCAUGAGCAAGAUGCCCUGGCUGUUCUACUCGGCAUUGGAGCCUUGCUCCGAUGUUCUGAUGAUUUAUCAGGGCCGUGGCAAGGUAUAAGCGCGUGGUUAAACAAGACCACUGACCACUUCAGUCAUAUGGUUUUACUUCAAGACCCAGCCGCGCUUAUCGUGCUAGCCCACUGGGCCGCCAUUCUGUUUAAACAGGCUGAAGCUUAUGAGUGCUGGUUCAUACAUGGUUUUUCAAGGGCAAUUGUUUUGAUAAUUUCCGAACAUCUUUCUACGGAUGAUACAGUUCGGAUAUUAGUUGAAGGCCUGUUGGAGUGA